CGCGUGACGCCCUCGCGCUCCGCCUCCCGCUCCUGCUGCCGGCGCCGCCAGCUCGGCCCGGCGCGGGCAGGUUGUGCGGUCAUGGAGUCGGAGCGCGAGUGCCGGGUGCUCUCCAUCCAGAGCCAUGUCGUCCGCGGCUACGUGGGCAAUAAGGCGGCCACUUUCCCCUUGCAGGUUUUGGGGUUUGAAGUUGAUACGGUGAACUCUGUCCAGUUCUCAAACCACACAGGUUAUGCCCACUGGAAAGGUCAAGUGUUAAACUCAGAUGAACUUCAUGAACUAUAUGAAGGACUUAAGCUGAACAAGGUCAACCGGUAUGAUUAUGUGCUCACAGGGUAUACAAGAGACACCUCAUUUCUUGCAAUGGUGGUGGAUAUUGUCCAGGAGUUGAAGCAACAGAAUUCUAACCUAGUGUAUGUAUGCGAUCCAGUGAUGGGAGACAAAUGGAACGGAGAAGGCUCUAUGUACGUGCCCAAGGAUCUCCUUCCAGUCUACAGGGACAAAGUUGUACCUGUUGCUGAUAUAAUUACUCCUAACCAGUUUGAAGCUGAGUUGCUCACAGGCAGGAAGAUUCACACAGAAAAAGAAGCUUUAGAAGUAAUGGAUAUGCUCCAUGCCAUGGGACCAGAGACUGUGGUGAUCACAAGCUCAGAUCUACAGGCUCCUCUAGGAAACGACUACCUAAUUGCUCUGGGAAGCCACAGGAAAACUAAGGCAGAUGGUACCAAGAUAACACAAAGAAUUCGAGUGGAGUCUCCUAAAGUGGAUGCUGUCUUUGUUGGAACAGGAGACUUGUUUGCUGCUAUGCUUCUGGCAUGGACACAUAAGCAUCCAAACAAUUUGAAGGUGGCAUGUGAAAAGACUGUCUCAGCUAUGCAGCAUGUUCUGCAAAGGACCAUUAAGAGUGCAAAAGCACAAGCUGGAGAAGGAAACAAACCCAACUCGUCCCAGCUGGAACUGAGGAUGGUCCAAAGCAAAAAGGACAUAGAAAACCCAGAGAUCAUAGUGAAGGCCACCGUGUUAUAAAGGCUGUAUGUCUCCAACAACGCACAAUGUAUCCAUGUCCUCAUUUCUUUCCUGUAAAUUGUAAUAUUUGCCUUAGAUCUGUGACAGAAACCUGACUUUCAUGAAAUAGUGCCCAGCAUAGGCAGAUACCCACUCUCAAACAUAUGUGCUGGCCUUGCUCAGUUUAAACACAAAACAGCUAGUGUGCAUUGAAGCGUAUUGCCAGGUAUCAAAAUGGCUGUCAAAUUCACUUAGUCUGUGUGAUUACCCAGGGCAAGAGGGUAUAGUGUUCCUGCCUUGCCAAAGACCUCAGAUGUGAAUUUGCUAAUGGAGUGCUUGACUGACUGGAGAAUAUAUUUCAAGAUGGCCUGUAGUGCCAAUGAAGCUCACUCCAUGCUCCCUUUUCUUGGAGAUACCUGGAUCCUACUCUGGUAUUCAGUAUCUCAGCUGCUAUGAAACUAAGCAGGGUUAAAACUACACACACGGUUCUGGUUGUGUGUAGGAGUACUUUGAAGAUGUUUGGCAUUUAAGUACUCUGAAGUGACCUUGAGGUGUCAUUCGUGUUACUUACAACUGCUCCUGAUUCCUUGUCUAUGAACAGCUGCACAGUUUCAGUUUUUGCAGGUACUGGCUGCUUGUUUCUCAUGUCUGUAGGUGCCCAUGUGAUUUUCUUCCAAAGCUGCUCUGUAAACGUAUUGAUUAAUAAGAUAUUCUCUUUAUGCAGUAGCACUGGUUAGAAGUUUGUAGUUCUACCUCCGAGGCCAAGUCAGAGUCUUUGUUUAAUUUUUAGCUUCUGUAAGGACAGAAGAGAAAGCAGCUCUUUCCCUGAGAGCUGGCUGCCCUACUUCAUUCUUCAUGGGUGGAGGUAAUUGCAAACUAUGUAAGGCACUUCCUCCUAUCAAUACUCAGCACUAUUGUCAGGCUUAGAAAUGUAAUAUUUUUGGUUCAGUGAGCUUUAGUAAGUUACCUGUGUUUACUAGAAGCAGUGAAACAUGCAAAUUAAGUUGUUUAGAAUGUCACACUGACCAGAGAUGACAGAAAUUCGUUAUUAUUAAUACAACAACAUGAGGAGGAACUUCUUUAUUGUAAGGGUCACAAAGCACUGGAACAGGCUCCCCAGAGAGAUUGUGGAGUCUCCUUCUCUGGAGACUUUCAGGACCUGUCUGGAUGCAUUCCUGUGUGACUUGCACCAGAUUGUGGUGCUCUAGCAGGGGUGUUGGGCUCUAUGAUCUCCAGAGGUCCUUUCCAACCCGUAACAUCCUGUGAUCUUUAUGAUAAAAUCCUGCUCAAUAAGGGUUCAAAAUGGAAUUCUACCCAUUCUGUGAUUCAGCAUCCUAUACGUUAUAGCCACAUACAUUAUACCAGAAGGGCAGAUAUGCCCAUAGGUACUGACCCCUUGUACUUCCGUAUGAUUUCUUUAUGGGACUGAGGCUCUUGCUUCUCCCAAGAUGAGGUCUAGUUUGGUGCUCUAUCCGGAUUCAGCUGUCGAGCAUCAUCUGUCUCAGACAGCAUAGGGAGAAUAAAAUUGCACUUCAGUUUGCAGUGACAUGAAGCAAAUUUGCAUUAGAGCAAAGGGCUGAGUUUUUCUUGAUUACCUGAGCAUGCUCAAGAAACUCACUCUUUUGUAUCUCCCAGAUACCUUUCCUGCAUCUUCCUAACACAGUUUCACUUGCAUAGUGUGAGAGUCCCCAGAGAGCUGAUUUAGAGAUUGCUUUGGCCAUUGAAGUCUUCACUUGUCCCACCAUUUGUUGAUUUUUUUCUGACAUCUUAAAAGUUGAUUGGUUUCACCUAGUAGAAGAGUAAUUUAUUCUUAAAGUGAAUUUUUAGCUGAAUAGAUUUUUUUUCAUAGAGUAAUAAUGAAUAAUUAAUACACUUCUGCAAUCCACCAUUUUUAGUGUCUCUGAAGCAAAUGAAAUUGAAAAGAGAGAAAUAUUUUUUGCAGUAAAUGUAAGAGGCAAACUUCAGGCUUCCAUUCCAACAACUAAUACUAUUACUUCCUCUCAUGCAUUUGGCAUUAAACAUGAAAGGAAUGAAAAAAAAAAACCUUGAGAAUUUUAAGGGGGAAAAAUCAACAUAAAUGAGUUACAAAAUGUGACUCUCUUAGCACAGAUUUUAGUAACCACUGCCAUGAAACAAUUUCAAGCAGUAAUAAUUUUGGUGAUGUGAGCAGUUGCAAAAAUUAGCAGUAACAAAAAUGAGUCCGUGGUUGACAUCCAACAUGUGAAAAGAUGUGAACUCUCUUUAACACUGUGUGUAAUUAUCUAAUGAGGGAAGCAGUGAAGGAGGAGGAGCCAGGCUUUUCUCAGCGGUGCCCAGUGAAAGGACAGCACACAAUGGGACCAAAAUGGAAUACAGAAAAUGCCAUUUAAACUUUAAAAAGAAGUAAAAAUUGCUGAGAGUGAUGAAGCAUUGGCACAGACUUUCCAGAGAGGCUGUGGAGUCUCCAUCCUUGGAGAUGAUCAAAACCUGACUGAAUGUGGCCCUGAACAACUUGCUGUGCUUGACUCUGAUUGUGCUAAGUGGGACUCGACCAUCUCCAGAGGUCCCUUUCAGCCUCCACCAUUCAGUGAUUUUUGUGAAGUGCAAUGAAUUUCCUUUCUUGCUGUAGUUUUUAAUUGAUGCAAAUAUUAUUUUUUCCCUCCUGACAUACCAACUUCCAGAUAGGCUAGGAAAUAGCUCACUAUUAAUAAUCUUCCUCUUAUUUUUUUUUUUUAGACACCUUGCUUUGCGCUUGGGCAGCUGUGCCAGCAAUACAGUUGCCUUUAAGACAGCUGUUUUCAGCAAAGACACUUAAAUGUUGUAGCUGGUGAUGCAUUUCAGCAGUCGAACGCGAAAGGAUUUUAACUGUUUCUAACACUGACUGGAGAAGUGUUGCCUGCCAUAUUCCACACAUAACUGUGAGUUUAGCUUUUUAAAAUUAGACUAUUUCACAGGGAAGUGGACAACCUCUGCCAUCCUCUUAGGAAGAAACUAUCAAGAUACUGAACUUCCCUACCUGUGUAUGUCAUGGUCCACUCUUAUGCAGCUGUGUCCAGUUUGCAGCUUCUAUGAGUCACAUACAAAACUCUUCAGAUGGCCAGGGGUUCGAUGAGUUCCAAAAGCAGUUCACCUGCAGUAAAUGACGUUUGAUUUCUGCAGUCUGUGGCUCCACCAUGAGUCUGGAAGUGGCUCCUGGUGCACUGUCUCCUGCAGCCAGGGCUGUGGAUUGCCCAGCACCCCUUGCACCAGCAUGAGCUUCAUUGCCAGUCAGGUAAUGUGACAUGGCUUUGGAGCUGCAUGGGGCUGAACUGAGAGCCACAUGAUGGCUGUCCCUGCGCUACUGCAGUGCAAAACUGAGGUGCUUCAGUUCAUUACAUCAGGGGAUCAGUGGGAGAGAGAUGCUCAACUUACUUCUUGGAAGCAGCAAUAAGUGUGCUGUCACAGAAACCCUACCUGCUGUAAGCAUCUACUGCAGAAAAGCCCUUUGAGUAAGUGUUUGGCACUCUUUAUUCCCCCCCCCCCCCCCCCAUUAAAUACUUUCUUCAAGGAAAUUGAAAGAAAGGGCUGGUUUUCUCUGAAGUAAAGAAGCUUACAAUUUAGGAAACUUAAAUCUACAUUGCAAACAAGUUUUUAUCUCUAAACCAUAGAAGGGAAAGUGGUGUAUUUGUUGGACUGGCUCAUACCUGUCAGGUGUGAUCCUUUCUCAAGGCUUCAAGGAAUGGGUUGGUUUAAUAAUUCACACCCUCCUUAGCAUCUGUGGCAUACCCAUGUUAGCAAAAAGAAAAGAUAAUGCUGCUAAUGUGCCCAGUCUGCAAAAGUUCAUAUUUGGCAGUAGCUGCGUUCUCUAGCAGUGGGCUGCUAGCUUCUGCUUAAGUCCCCAGGAGGUUGCUUAUGUGCUACUGGUUUUAAAAUCCCACUGGCCUGAUCUAAAUUAGGUCAGGUUUAUGUCUUCAGUGAAGAAUUGGGCUUAACAUCUCUUGCCAGUAACAAACAUCAGAAAUCAUCUGUAAAUAUAUUCUGUAGCUGACUUUCUGUAGUCCUCACAGGCAGAUAGGUAUUUUUAAAUGUCAGGGUAUACAUCCUUAAUACUUGGAUGCAGUUUAAUUUGUUCAGAGUCACAAGUGCUUUUUUCAUAAUGUUUGCAGAAUGAAAUCCAGAGAUUCAGCAGUCCUGUCCAAUCUUCUAUUCCCUUCUCUCCUCACAGAUAGAAUAUCUGUAUCUAUUUCUGAGUUCAUACUGUCUCUGUGGUGCAGUUGAAAAUUGUGUCGAUAUUAGGCAGCUGCCCACUGUUUAUUUAAGGGCUUGGAGGAGAAUUAUCAGGGCUGUCUGAUCCACACACAGAUCCUUAGGUAAAGAAAAAUGUUUGGUCUAAACUAGUUUAGAUCUAGUUUAUUAGAGAAGAGCAAGCAAUUUAGCUUAGAGAGUGGAGUCAGUAACUAAUGGAUAAUCUUCCAUGACUGUCCUAACAGUAUGAAGGGUGUCUCUAGCCCACCAGUCCAGCAUUCAAUAGUUAGGGGACUGCUAACUUCACUGCCACACUAAUUCCCACAUGUUCAUGUGAAGUUAGCAGCUAAGGACACUUCUGAUGCCGAAGUACAGGUAGACAUGGGAGCUGUGAAUGCUUUCUGUUUGCAUCCAGUCAACUUCCUCACCGUUCUUUUUUCCCCCGCUUAAUAAAGCAAUUUGUGUUGGAUCCCUUUAUUCUGGAAUGAGCUUUGCAGCGUAUGUGCUCAGCCAUUUUGAUUACUGCAAGGGUACUCAUUUGUGGAGCUGUUGUGCAGGAGAGACCAAAAGUCAUUUACAAAUCAUCUACUCUAUUCUGGGCCUCGAUUAGUCUCCACAUGCUUAAUAUUCCCAGGUGCAUAUUAAUGAGACAUGCUUAAAGACAUUGUGCUAAAACCAAUGCUACUCACACUUGAUAAAAAUGUUUAUGAACAAUCUGCAGUCUAAAUUGCUAACUCUAAUGUUUGUUUGCUCUUUUUUUUUUAAUGACAAGUGGGAGAAAUCUAUAAUCAAUGUAUUACACAAAAGAAUUGGAGGACCAAUGUUUCCAGCUACUUGUACUGCCUUUGGGUAUCUUAUUUGCGUCUUGAUUGGAUGAUGUUAAUUUGUUGUCUGAAACUGUUAUGGUGAUUGUAUUGAUUUAUUUUAUUUUAAAAUAUGUGGCAAGGAAGAUUGUAAUAAAAGAAUCUACAUUUAAUGUACCAUGCACACACAAAUCAUUAGAUCCUAUUUUUGAAUGUGUUAAUCAUUUCAGAUUUCAACAGAAUAGUAACAGUUUAAUAGUCUUGCUGAAUAAUAUGAGCAUAAUUAGAAGUUCUCUUAGCUAUAUCCUAGUAUAGAGAAGAGCACAUUUGUGCACUAUAAUCAUCUUGCUGUAUGUGGAAGUGAGUAACAUCCUUGGUGUCUUACUUUUUAAAGAGAUUUCAUGGGAAGACAGCUGUUGGCAUCCUGCACUACUGCUCUUGUAUGCCUCUUACUGCGUGUGUUGGACCUCUUUGUGUUGUACUCUUUGUUCCUGCAUGCAAGGUGAGAAGAGGGGCUUGGGAUGAGAACCACUGCUCAUUUUCAGGUCUGCUUGUGCAGCAUCUAGCUGCACUCACCUUCAUAGAAUUUGUGCUUUACUGCAUAGGUUAGAGCAGGCAGGACUUUACAGCAGGAAGUUGUUCCUGCAUGUCGGAACAGCUGCUUCUGUCAGCCCUGCUCAGUCUCUGCUGUGGUGUGUUUUGCGAGAGCAGAUACCCAAUUUAAUGAGAGCACUGGUUACUGGAGAAGGUGCUGCAUCGUCAUGCUUAUGCCCAGUGGAGAAGUUUGUUCAUGUUUAUACUAAAGAAAACCACCUCUCCUGAGUAAAGGUUCCUGACUGUUUAAAGAGUACUUUCAGAAGACAGACUUCUAGAAAUGUUACAGGUUUUAGUCACUCUGAAACAAAAAUAUUUCUUCAUAAAUGGCCACACAACCCUUUUUUCUACAUCCCCCUUGCAGCUUUAUUGGCUCCUUGACCAUCUCCUGCUAGAAUCACAGAGUAAGGUUAUUCACAGAGCUGUUCUUCGUGAAAGAUAUUUGCUUCUGGUAAGUGAGAGCCUACUGCUGAACAGUUUUGUAGAUUUCUAAAACACAGCUGUUAAAAACAUGUAUCAAGCAUGGAAACUGAGCUUUAAGGUGCUCAGUCACAGUCCCAAGAAUAGCUCUUCUAAGUAAAUGAGCAAAACAGUGAGUUUAUACAUGCAUGCAGGAGCAGAUUUAAGGUAAAUCCAUGAAGUUCCAUCAGAAACUGGACACGUGUGCUCUAAGCACCGCCAAAGGGCAGUGAAUGCAGAAUGCAAGGGAGCUGCUGUUGUCAGCAGGCUUUUUCAGGAAAGCCUAAGCUAAUUCUCAUGUUUUCUUGAUGGAAAAAAUGUGGUUUGGCUUUCAAGAACCUGCUUCACCAGUGCAAGGUGAUAGCCUCCGUGCUACCAGCCACCACUUUGGUGCUUUUACUUCUCCAGCAGCAAUGUUCCUUGAGGCAAGUGGGAUGCUCUCAAGUGUGCUCCUAAGUAAGCACAUGUUCCUGACUCAGUGUUUCCACAGAGCAAGCAACAGUAACAUGUCCAGAGUUUGCAGAGCAGUGAAUGAGGCAGCACACGAUUGAGACAGAGAAAACCAGCAAUAUGAGAAGGCUGUGCCAUAUGUUCCUACUGAACUCACAUCUACUCCUUGCCUAUUGCCCUUGUGGUUGCAUUGCUAUGUAGAAAAAAAAUCUGUGUGUAGAAGAGUGUAAUAUCUGUGCUCUGUAUGUGUGUGUGUGUUGAAGCUUUAUUUGCAGUGUGAUGGGGGUGGGAAAUGGAAUUUGGGGGCUGGCUGUGUAGGCCUUCAGGAUGUGAGCAGAAGGUCUUAAAGAGUUAUAUUUUUAUAGAUUGUGCUGCAGCUUUGGGUCCCAGCCACACCUAGCCCUUUCUUCCAGGAGAGUAAAAUGGUUUGGAGUCAAGUGGCUGUAAUAUAGUAGGGAUAGUACAACCCCACCAGCCCUGGACAAACUGAAUAACUUAAUAAAAGAUGCCUUUUUAAGUAAUAUUUUUUUAGUGCUGAAUUGUUGAAACAAAGAAAUGUUUAUGAGCAAACUUUCUAUGUACUUUAAAGUUUGUGUGGUGCUUUGUACUGACUACGUGGACCUGUUCUAUGUUUACACAUCUUCACGAUUGUCCUCAAGGCAUACGUGGUAAUUCAAUGACUUUUAUGCCAGAAAAACAGUGAAGUUCUGUGUAGUACCAAAUAAUUUGAUUUCUCUUGAAAUUGUAGGCUUUUGUAGUGUUUGUGUGUAUUUUUUCUGGUUGGCUUUUCCAGGUUAUAUUAUCACAGUAUCAGUAUUCUUUCUGCAGUAAGGCUUGUAUGCUUGAUUGUAGAGAAAGGCAGUAGGAUGGUAGAUACCAUUGCCUAAGCAAGAAAACCCUAAAUAUUGCUACCUUAUCCAUUAUGAAAUCAGGUAAGUUAUGGCAUAAGCUUAAAAUGCAGUUUUUGCAUUGGACUACAAUAUCAAAUACAUCUAGAGCUGAUGAAAAGUGGGUGAGGGGUUUGUGGGUAGAUUCAGAUUGGAUGUUUAGAAAUUCUUCACCAUGAGGAUGGUGAGACACUGGAACAGGUGGCCCAGGGAGGUGGUGGAAGCCACAUCCCUGGAGGUCUUUUAAGGCCAGGCUGGAUGGGGCUCUGAGCAACCUGAUCUAAUGUGAGCUGCCUCUGCCCAUGGCAUGGGGGUUAGAACUAGAUGAUCUUUGAGGUCCCUUCCAGCCCUGGCAAUUCUAUGAUUCUAUGAUUAAAUAAUCCUGGAGGGUCUUAAAGGUGCUUAAUAGCAACAUAUAAAUGGACAAGAGACUGGAACAAAGUUAGCCUGUUCCCAUUUUAUGAACCUUGCCGAGCUAAGUUCAUAGCUUGUGCUGAACACAUGCUAGGCUAAAUGGAAGAAAGUAAAGACUUUGUCCUUGUAGUCUGUGAGUUGUAAUAAAGUGAAGCAUUUCAGUAGGGUGCUCUGCAUUUAAAUUCAAAACCAUGAUAGCUUUCAGAAGAGCCAAGUUAUCAAUAAAUCCCAUUCAGCCAGAAGGCAAGCUGUUACCAUGUGUGAAAAACACAGCUUUUUCAUCUUGCUGUACUUACCUGAGUCUUUGUUUCUUCUUGCUGGGGCACCAAGGCUAAAGCACAACCGUGCACACACUUAAGUUUUUUUUUUACUUUUAUUUGGUUGUCAUUUGGGAGCUCUCUAGAAAUUGCAAAGAUCUGCAGCAUCAAUCAGUUUGCAGAGUAUGGCCUUCUGCUGGAUGUUGUGCUCCUGCCACGACAGUUGGUCAUCUGAAAAAACAACCAAACAUUGUUUAUUCUGUCUCUUUUAAGAAGCAUGGCAGCAUCCUCAUCACACUUCUGAAUAUACCACUACUGCAAAAAGCAGAGGAAAAUUUAUCAGCAGUUUUCCUCUCAAAAGUUUCUGAGUUCUGGAUAUGUUAAAAUAAGUAGUUCUGCUUUGCUGAGUUAGCAAUAAAAAUGCCACCAAAUAAAUAAUGCAUUGUCAUGGAGAGAGGCAGUGGAAGGGAACAGUUGUGCUUUGCAUGCUUCACUGUACCUGGAUUUUUCUCCCCUGGAAACCAGUGGGUGCAAUAUACGUACAGUGGCUGCAGAGUGACUCUUUUGCCUGUACUUCCCCAGCGGAAAAUGCAGAGGUGUUACUCUAAGCAAGUGGGCAGAUGAGGUCUGUGUGACAUUGUUGGCCUGUUCAUUUUGAAGUUCUGUACUGAACCUCUGGUUUAGCACAACUCUGUAUGCACUUGGAAGUGUGUGAUAAACACUGCUCUCCUGGCUGCAGCAUAAGCUGGCAAGGUUGUCAUUAUUCUCCCUGAUUUAGGACCCUAGUCUGGGUGGGUGUAGACUUCAUCCUUAGUCCAUGGAGAAGCAACAGGCUCGAAAAGUGAGUUACUUGGAUGACUUAGGCUAGGCUCUUGUUCUCUGGAAAACAAAGGUAGAGAAUGUUUGGCUGCUAUGGUGGAUCUAUCAUGUCCAGCUCAGCUAUGCCAUAAAACUACCCAUCAUUAUCCUACCCUUGGUACUUGCCUGUGCCUGUAACAAGUGAAGGAGCUAAAACCAAUGGGGAAAUUAUCCAGCCAAAACCGCAAAGGUUUUACCUGCUUUAGUUCUGUUAUCCUCAUCCUGGGAACAAGUAGGAGCUUGUAGCUAGCUACUGCUAGGGAGGGACUCUGUAGAUGGAGCCAGACAAAACUGGGAAGAAUGGGAUUGUCUUUUUUCCUGACAUGCUGGGUGGAGAGAACCUAACUACAGAGAUGUACUGUUAGUGGUAAAGAGAAUAAGUCUUUGUCAGUUAAGCACUUGAAAGAAGAUUUGCAGAUUUAGAAAUCUGAGUUUGGUGUUCUCAGCCCUACGCAUCCUUUGUAUCACAAAGAGAUUACAGAACUUUAAGGAUUUGUGUGAGUGUUUUUAAUUACCUCUUGUGCCCAGCAGAGUACAAAAUAGCAUAGAAUAAAGCAAUUAUAUAACAAGGGAACAUAGUAGGAAGGAAAAUUCAGGUGGAGACAGUUUAAAGUCUGCUUCUGCAGCACUUGCAUGGAGUCAGAAUUGUCCAGGUCUGGCUCUUUUCCUUCCCAUCCCUUUCCCUUUAAGGAAGAAAUCACAUAAGAAAGUGAACAGAUAAAUAAGGGAAGUAACCAAGGAAUUUAUGUGGCAUUGUUAUUUAUUAUUUUUGUCUCCUGGUUUUUAAAUCUUACGACACCAGAAGUCUCCAGUUCACAAGGGAUUGCCAGAAGAUGCCUUGCCAAGCAAUGUGUGACAGCAUGCUGCUUGUGACACGCUUGUGACAAGUGGCAUUAGGAUACCACCUGCCCUGGUGGCUGGAUUUAGUGCAGCACAAGUACUCACCUGCGCUCAUCUGUGUGAAUACAAGCCUUGCUAGGGAGGGAAAUCGGCUUCUUGUUGGAGAUGCAAUGCCGGGAGGAAAUGACGGAGAAUUUAGCACCAUCCAGUGAUCUUGCCAGUUGCUGUUAGUAAUUGUUAGUGCAACGUGUCCCUCUCAUUAUUUUCUAUGUGGAAGAUGGGAGGGUAACAGCCUACAUGCCAUUUAAGUAUGCUUUUAGCUGGCAGAAAGGGAAAUGCAAAUCACACCUGUAAAAAACAGAGGGGAGGGAUCGCUGUGUGUUUGCCCAAGAGAUGAGUAGAGGAAAAUUUGAGGUUUGGCUCUCAUUCAGAAAUGACUCAGCACUGACCAAAUGAAUGCCAUAUCUUCAGUGGGCAGUAGCAUCUGGAGGAGGCCAAUAUUUAGGGUUUCUACCCAAAGCACAUUUAGUCCUGCUCUACUGUUCAGUGAAAAUGCCCAGUGCAGAUGCCACCAGAGCCUCACCUAGUGGAGUAAUGCUGUGAUAAAGAAUGUGGUUUUCUUGUGCAAGUCUUAACCUCUUAUGGAAACAGUGCAUAACUCAGUAUUUUCAUGGUGUACAAGUGAAAUGUACUUUUUUUUUUUCAAUAAAACACAUUUCCUUUCGUAAA